CAGUCACAAACCAGUUAGCCAUGAAAAUGAUUUCGUUAGCUGUCCAUUUUCUUCUCUUUUAUCUUCAACUUUGCUCCUCUUCACCUUCCACUGACAAUGGUUUCUCUAACGAUGAGCACACUCUCCUUGCCUUCAAGAGUUGCAUCACUUUAGAUCCAUACAAUACGUUAUUCUCUUGGAGCGCCAACACUAACGUCUGCAAUUGGACAGGUGUUUCAUGCAAUAAAUUGAUGAGAGUGUCUAAAAUUAAUCUUGGGAGUAGGGAUUUAGAGGGUUAUAUUUAUCCUUUCUUGGGAAAUCUUUCCUUUUUAAAGUCUUUAAAUCUCUCUGAUAACUCUUUCUUUGGUGUUAUUCCAGAGCUCUGCCAGAAGCUUAGCAAUCUGCAAGAACUGCGUCUUUGGGAGAAUCAGCUUAGUGGGUCAAUACCAACGUCUCUAGGAAAUUGUUCCAAACUGAAAAUUCUUGACCUCGGUUUCAACAAUCUCAGAGGCACGGUGCCUCUCCAACUGGGUAAGUUGAGCAUUCUCCGACAUCUUUAUCUGAAUGCUAACUUCCUCACCAGCUCCAGGACUUUCUCCUUUCUUACAGCUCUUAUUAAUUGCUCUUCCCUGCAUACUUUAUACUUGGAUUCUAACUAUCUUGCGGAAGAUUUGUCCCCUUCCAUAGGAAAUCUUAGCAAUCUGAAAGUACUGAGAUUGGGGGAGAAUCAGCUUAGUGGGACGAUACCAACAGCAUUAGGAAAUUGUUCCAAUCUCGAAGAACUGAGUCUGAGUGAGAAUAAGCUUAGAGGACCAAUACCAUCAUCUCUAGGACAUUGUUCCAAUUUGCAAGUAUUGAGUCUAAGUGAGAAUCAGCUUAGUGGGCCAAUACCGACAUCUCUAGGAAAUUGUUCCAAACUGGAAUUUCUUUACCUGGGUUCCAACAAUCUCACGGGCACGGUGCCUCUCCAAUUGGGUAAGUUGAGCUCUCUCCAACGUCUUUUACUGUCUGAGAACUUCCUUAGCAGCUCUAGGACUUUGCCGUUUCUUGCAGCUCUUAUUAAUUGCUCUUCCCUGCAAACCUUAUAUUUGGGUUAUAACUGUUGGAAGUGGAGACACUCUGAGAGGGGGGGUAUGAAACUUAAACAACACCAGCUUCCCCUUUUUAUUUUCUUGUCAUCGAGGACAAAAGUAUCAAAGAGCAACAAUAACCAUCUCGCUGAGGACUUGUCCCCUUCCAUUGGCAAGCUGUCUAUUAAACUCUCUGUAUUGUCCUUACAACAAAACCGUAUAGGAGGGAGAAUUCCAAAAGAAAUUGGCAAUCUCACCAACUUGACAUAUAUUGACUUCGCCGGUAAUGCAUUGACUGGACCUAUUCCAUCUACGGGGACCAUUCCCAGCGAGAUUGGUGCCCUUGGCAAGCGUCUAGGGCUACUUUCUCUCUCAUUUAACCUGCUUACUGGACAAAUUCCUCAGACUAUUGGCAAUCUUCCCCAGCUAAGGAACCUUCAACUUGAUAACAAUCAAUUUUAUGGAAGGAUACCUGUCGACCUUGGCAGAUGUUGGAGACUAGAAUUACUUGACCUGUCCCAUAAUAAUCUCACUGGAAUUAUACCAACAGAAGUUGCAGGCCUUAAAAAUUUACAAUUUUACUUCAACCUGUCCUGGAAUUCACUAGAAGGAAGCCUGCCAGCUGAAAUCGGUAAAAUGGCAAUGGUCCUAGGAAUAGAUCUAUCUGGAAAUCACUUAUCUGGUGGCAUUCCAAGUGCUAUUGAAAGUUGUAUUGCACUAGAAUAUCUCAACCUCUCUCAUAACAUUUUUCGAGGCCCAAUUAUAAAUUCAAUUUCCAGGCUGCGAAAUCUGGAUGCAAUGGAUCUUUCCAAUAACAAAUUGUCUGGUACAAUACCAGAUUCUUUUCAGAAUCUAACGGCACUUAGCUUUCUGAAUGUUUCAUUCAAUUCGUUGAAAGGAGGAAUUCCUAAAGCGGGACCAUUUAGAAAGCUCACAGCGUCAUCAUUCAGAGGAAACCCUGGACUCUGUGGGCAAUGGAUAUUUUCAUUACCAGCAUGUCCAAGUGCAACUGCAGGGUCAACUGGAGGCCCCUGGAACUUCCAUAAACUAUUUAAAUACAUAAGUUAUGUUAUCUCCUUUCUAGUCGUAUACUGCUUCUAUGUUUCACUUUUAUACAAAUAUUUCUUUGUAAAGGGAAAUAUGGAACAACCAUCAAUAGAGUUUCCCCAUCCUAGAAUCUCAUAUAAGGAGCUCAGUACUGCAACUAAUGGAUUUGGCAAGGGCAACUUGCUAGGAGUUGGUGGUGUUGGCUCUGUAUAUAAAGGAGUUCUGGAUAAUGGAACAUUGAUAGCUGUUAAGGCUCUCAAUUUGGAGGAUGAAGCAGCUCAUAAAAGUUUCAACAUUGAAUGCCAAGUGCUUGGUAAAACCAGACACCGAAAUAUAAUAAAAGUCAUAACUUCAUGCUCUAAUCUUGACUUCAAAGGUUUGGUUUUUGAGUUCAUGUCUAAUGGAAGCCUGGAAAGACAUUUGCAUUGUGAUGCCGGCAAGUGUAAUAUUGGGGGUGUCUGUAAAAUGGAUUUACAGACACGAGUUCAGAUAGCCAUGGAUGUUGCCCGUGGCUUGGCAUAUCUUCAUCAUGAUUGUUCAAUUCAAGUUGUUCACUGUGAUUUGAAGCCCAACAAUAUACUUCUGGACUUCUAUAUGACAGCACAUAUAGCUGAUUUUGGAAACGCCCAUAUACUAUCUGAAAAUUCUAUGGAUUCGUUUUCAGCAUCAGCAACACUGAAAGGUGCUCUAGGCUACAUUGCCCCUGAGUAUGGAGUUGGUGCAAGGAUUUCAGCGAAGGGAGAUGUUUACAGCUAUGGAAUUCUGCUAUUGGAGAUGUUAACAAGAAAGAGACCAACCGACCAGAUGUUUGUUGAUGGACUCAGCUUGCGCAUGUGGGUUAGUAUGGCUUUCCCUGAUAGGAUUUCAGAGGUGGUUGAUGAUAGCUUGCUGUUGUGCAAUGGAGGUGUUACAGAUUCUACAUGCACUUGUCUUAGUCAACUGAUUCGAGUAGCCUUGCUGUGCUCAAAAGAUUCGCCUAAAGACCGACCAAGUAUGGCAGAAGUUGUGGAGUUGUUGGAAUGUAUUGAGGCCAUGUUUGAAGGGAGUAGAACUAAUUCUAAAUACCAAUCUGAUCUGUACCAACUGGUAAGCAGCACAAGAUGGGCAGGAUAUCUAGAUAAGGUAGGAAAUGGUCAGAGCACUUCCACAUUGCAGUCAACUUCCUAAAUUAUGACGUAAAUUGUUUACCACCGCAUCAGGGAAUCUUUCCAAUGUGUGUAGUGGUUGAAACUGCCCUGCUAUUCUCAAUUCUGUAAAAGGGAUACAAAUGCCAAUUGAAGUUUGAUUAACUUCUUUUCUUCUAUCUUGGAGAGUUCAAUUGGGAAUUUGUUGUAGUUAUAUUUAGAAAUGCAUUUUGACGAGAUGGGAGAAGGGGAAAAUUUUGACUGUUUUCCUGUUUUCUGAUCUAAACAGAAUAGUAACUGUGCUGUCUGUUGAUUAUUUGCUGCAGUAAAACUUCCUAUAAAAUGCGUUGUGUCGCUUCAUUUGUGUGAUCAUG